GAACGCGCGCGGUCCUCACGUCUCGCAUUCGAAGCCCGAAGACAGGUGCCGGCGCGCGCACACGGCCAUAAGUUCCCCGCCUGUUGCAUCGUUCGCUUGUCGAAUGACUAUUCCGUGUCAAGCAUAACAAUCACUCGCACAUAAUAAAACAUACCAUAUUCGGAUGGGACGUGCUGUGCGGUAAUGUUUGUCCCCAAACUUGGAUUCAGUGAGUUCUAGUGACAGUUCGGUGACGAUGCCGGGACACGCCGGGAGCCCGUAUUGGGCCGCUGUGGACUUUGAUAGCGAGGGUGAGGAGCAGGACUCUCCUAACCACCGUGUGUACUUGGACCCCUGGGAUAACGAAGCUUACGGGAUCAUUCAGGAUACGGACGCAAGUCAGGGGGAGAAUUUGCAUUCGUUUGCUGGCGAGCCAGUCAGUGCUAGUUUUUACUACGUUCCGACUAAAAACUAUGACUCUGAGGAAGAAGCGCCGGCGCCCCUGCCGCCGAGGAGGAACGUGACGCCACCAGAGAUUAUUCCAUGCGAAUAUGCUGUGUACGGGAGGAAGAUGUCGAGAGUAAUACCAGAAAUGAUAUACAAUGAGAGACCAAUGCGAGACCGCAGAAGAUCCAUGUACAUCGAAGAGCCCGUAUACGCGCCUCACCCGAUGAUCUACGAGCCCCUUUACGGCCACGUGCUGCCCCCGCCCCCCGGCUACCUGCCCCCGCCGCCGCGCUCCAGGAUGUCGCUGCCGCACCACCCCGAAUACAUGAUGGCGAACCUCGGAUACGGGAAACAUAGGAGACAUUCCAGGUUAACGGACGCCUACGAGGACUUCGCCAACGAGCGGCUGUCUCCAGAAUACGAAGACUGGGCCCGCCCCUUCCCCAAAACUGCGCCUGACAACUUCCAUCUCUCUCGCUACGGACAUCUGCAGAUCGACUACUCUUGUAGCUGGAACUCGCUCGACAGACUCAUAAGAAACCAGUAAAUAAGCAAGGCCUGACAACG